AGCCUGGACGCUAGUAGGCGGGGCCUUGGGCGGCGCCCCGCGGGCUACUGGGAACCCCGACGUUCGUGUUGCUCCCGGCUAGCGGGCGCAGCGCGGGGCCGGUCCGGGUUGUUCGGGCUGGGCCGCAGAGUAUUUCGGGGACCCAACUGUUGCACAAAGCACAGUGGCUGCUUGCUGCUCUGCGGGGUGGCUGCUCAAUUAUUAGGUGCCAGGCUGCCUGAUGUCAUGUGGCCUGUGCUUUGGACCGUGGUGCGUACCUAUGCCCCCUAUGUCACCUUCCCUGUGGCCUUUGUGGUCGGGGCUGUGGGCUACCACCUGGAAUGGUUCAUCAGGGGAAAGGAUCCCCAGCCUGUGGAGGAGGAGAAGAGUAUCUUGGAGCGCCGAGAGGACCGAAAGCUGGAUGAGAUGCUAGGCAAGGACCACACUCAGGUGGUGAGCCUUAAGGACAAGCUAGAAUUUGCCCCUAAGGCAGUCCUGAACAGAAACCGCCCAGAGAAGAAUUGAUGGAGGGCCCAGGUCCCUGUGGUGCACAGGGAGAUGCCAUGUCCUGCCUCCACACCACCCAGCUUCAGAACAUGCAUCUGAUUUGCUUUGCUGCUCACUCCGGCCCCUGUGCACUCACAGCCACACCUGUACUGCCUGGUCCUUUAUGGCUGUACACCUGCCGUAGUAGGGGCCAGCAAAGAGGAAGACGCAUCUGCUCAGCGGGCUCUCUCCAUGGCUGGGCAGGCUGCUGAUCUUUCCUGGGAGCACUGCAGGGAGGAGCCCUGGGGCAUGAACCCUGGUCUCAGGCUCCCUGGGGAAGGGCUUGGCCUCAGCUGGGAAUGAUUGGGGUUUAUCAUUGCCAUUAGGAGGGACACCUCCAGGUCAACUAGUCUUUGCACUGGAAAAAUUUCAGAAAUGCCCCUGGCUCCCUUGAUGAGCUUCUCUUAUUUUUCUGUGCACAUCCUUCCCUGUGUUGGCUCAGGCAUGGGAUUCUCAGGGGAAGGAAGGCAUGUUUCUACUGUGGGGAGCGAGGUUGGUUACCUCAGGGCCGAUGGGGCUUAGCCUGGAAGCAAUCACUGUCUUCCACCCUUCCUCACUGUGGUGAGGACUCAAUUAAAGUGGCACCUGGCACACGUU